GGUAAGAAUAAGUACAUACGCCAUUUUGUUGACGGGGAACCUGUUCAAACUAUGUAGUGAUGUUGUAGAAGAAGCAGAUACUUAAGUAUGAAUCAGUAUCCUGGGUUUGUCCCCAUGAUGAUGCCUCAGCACUUCAUGGUGGCGAUGCCAGGGAUGCCCCUCCAGGGUAUCCAGACCCCACAUCCUGGUAUCCCACAGAUGAUACCUCCUGGUGUUGCUGUCGCCCAUGCAGGGGGCAUGGCGCCAGUGUCUACUACCAUGGCUCAGGGCAUCCCCCUUGCAGCCAGACAAGCACCACCAGGUCUCAAUGCUCUCGCUGCCUUACCAGACCAGAGACAGUUUGUUGAUGCCAGAGCUAACCAUGGUUUCCCUGGUCUGGCAGUUCCUGCGAUGCCUGUUGAGGACAUUGUAGAGGAGGAGCAACCCGUCUCAGCAGAAUCUGUCACAGUGUUGGAUGACUUCAACUCAGAUCUCAACAUAGUCAUGGACAAUGAUGGAUACGGUGCCCACACACUGAACCAGCCCAGUGGCUUUUGCUUCACUUGGGCAGGGGUAAGAGCAACACACGGUAUCUGCAAGGGGAAAGGUUUCUUUGAGGUCCACAUUACAGAGCACCUGCCAGUGGACUUCGGUGAAGAACACAAUGAAACUGACCCUCACAUUGUCCGAGUUGGCUGGUCAAUAGAUUCAUCAUCAUUCCAGUUAGGAGAAGAACCUUGGUCAUAUGGUUAUGGUGGUACUGGCAAAUUUUCUACAAAUAAUAAAUUCUCAAAUUAUGGGGAAAAGUUUGAGGUUGGAGAUGUCCUUGGUGCCAUGUUGGAUUUAGAUGAUCGUCCCGCAAAAAUCUCCUACAUGAAGAAUGGCCGAUAUUUUGGGGUAGCUAUCCCACUUCACAGCUAUCCAGUGGGCAAUAAGGACAUGGCACUGUUCCCGCACAUUCUGUCCAAAAACUGUCGAUUCCGAGUGAAUCUAGGUCAGAUUGACCCUUGGUUUCCACCACCUCCAUUGUAUCAAUACAUGGGGCAGAUUGCUGAUAGAGUUAGGGGUAUGAAAGAACCAGAGAAAAUCUCUGAUUGUGAGAUGAUAAUGAUUGUGGGACUGCCAGGUGCAGGGAAGACAACAUGGGGCUUGAACAUGUACAAGAACCAUCCUGAGAAGCGAUACAACAUUAUUGGUACAGAUACCCUGAUAGAGAAGAUGAGAGUCAUGGGCCUGCCAAGGAAGCGGAACUAUCAUGGACGCUGGGAAGUCCUCAUCAACAAGGCCUCGCAAUGUCUCAACAAACUCUUCACCAUAGCUGGGAAGAGAAAGAGGAACUACAUCUUAGACCAGACAAAUGUGUAUCCAUCUGCCAGGAAAAAGAAGAUGAGAAAUUUCAAUGGAUUCUACAGAAUAUCUGCAGUCCUUCAGCCAGAUGAUGCAGAACUGUUCAGGUCGCACAAGAGGACUGUGGAAGAUGGCAAAGUGGUCCCUGAGGAGGCAGUUCUGGAGAUGAAAGCCAACUUCACCUUGCCUGAAGACAGAGAUAAUCUGUUUGACAGGAUUGACUUUGUGGAGUUGAACAAGGACCAGAUAGUGAAUCUCGUUCACCAGUAUAACAAGGAGGGGCAGGAGAAGCGUCCACCCAGAGAGGCUGUAUUCAGACAUGACAGCAGGAAUCAGCACAACUUCAGAUCAGGAGAUAAUCCCCCCCCUCGAAACCAUUCACCCCGGCAAGGACAGGGCAGAUACCAAGACCAGCAGCACCAAGGGUAUGACAGUGGGAGACAGGACAGGUCAUACAAGUCACGGGGAGGGUACCAGAGAGGCUUUGAUGAACCCCCCAACAAGAGAAGCAAGCAGGAAUCUGGCAGUGCCCUUGAUUUCAUUAAGCAGUAUGGAGGAGGAGAGGAGGAUCCUACUGCACAAGCAGCAGCAGCAGCAGCUGCUGCAGGGGUUGGAGCAGGAGCUUGGGCAGACAAACUUCCAGUGAAAGAAGAAAUCAAGUGGGACCCUGGACAGUACGGCUGGUCCCAGCAGCAGUUUGGGGACUCCAGAGGAACACCAACAUUGCCUCCUCAGGACUUGAAUGAGAUGUUCCCACCUUCUGGAGAUCAGCCACGUCAGAACAGUGCUUAUCCACCAGAAGGGAGAGGAGGUUCUCAGGGUUGGCCGCCGUAUGGCAGUGAUGGACAACAGAACUGGCCGAAUAGAGAACCAGCUGACAGGAAACCUUGGCAACACAGUGGUGAUGAUCAGUACGGACAAGAAGCAACAAUGCACAAGACAGUGCAAGGGGAUUUGGUGGUUCUGGAAGUGGAAGAAGUUUUGGUAAUCAGCAAAAUGCACCAGGAGGUUUUGGUGGUCAACAAAGUGGCUUGGGUGGUCAUCAGAGUAGUUAUGGAAGUCACCAAGGAGGCUAUGGAGGGCAACAGGAGUCCAGAAACUAUGGCAGUCAUGAAUCAAGACAGAGUGGACAAAAUGAGUCCCGAAAGAGUCACCAAGAGUCAAAGAACUUUAGCCAACAGAAUUCCAGGAACUAUAGUCAGCAGGGCCAGUCAGGUCAGGACAGGAACUAUGGCCAUUCAGGACACUCAGGCGGCUAUGCUGGAUCCAGCUUUGGUAGGCAGCAAGAAGGUUCUUCAGAUAAUUUUGGUAGAAUUGGUGGAUUCGGCGGACCUCCUUCAUAUGGUGGCCCAGGCUCCGGAGACAGAAAUCGAGAUAGUCGAUCAGAUAGUUCUUCAUACAAUAGAGGAAAUAGUGCUGAUUCUCGUAGGGAUUCGGGUCGGGAAAACUUCAAACACUUCAGUGGCCCUCCACCUCCACCACCUCAGGAACCAGAGAGGGACAGAUUUGAGAGGGGUCAGCCUUUCCGACCUGACGAUUUCUCCUCAGACAAGGCAGCUACAGGAAUGAAGCCAUAUGAUGCAGCUGGUGGUAGAAGUAAAGAUGGCUCAAAGAGUGGAGCAAACGGAGAAAGAGUCAGGCGGAGAAAGAGCAAAUGGGAUACGCCAAGCAUAGAUCCUCCUGGUAACACAGAUACACCUUCUCUUAUAGAAACUCCUGAUAUCCUUUCAGCAGAGGUCAAACUUGAGCCAGGUAGUGAUCUGAGUGAUCAGCAACAGUAUUCAGAAGAGAAAAUUGAGCAACAUAUUAAUAACAUCCCUAGUGCUAAUGACUCUCCAAAUAAAUUUGCACAAAUGGACUUUAAUAGACCACCUCCUAACAGUUCAUGGAAGAACAGCCAAUACGAACAAGACCAGUUUCCAAACCAAAGUUCCAAAUUUGAGAGAGAGAGACCCAAAAUGAGAGGAGAGAGCACAUCCUCUAGUAAUCAGUACGGAUCUGACAAUCACUAUGGUGGUGAAGCUCAAAGUCGAGGCCAUCCUUCAAAUCAGCAUGGUGGGCCAGGUUCCCAUGGGAACCAAGGUAUGCGUCAUCCCUUUGAGCCUCGUCACCAGCAAGGAGGACCAAGAUUUCCCCAGGGAGGAAAUAGAGGCCCUCCGCCUAACUUAGGCCAAGGUGGUCCCAGAUCAUUUAGGCCUAGAAAUCCACAAGAUUUUGGUGGUCCUCCAGGUGGCUGGAAUCAGAAUCGUCCCCGGUUCGGUCCUCGCGGUCCUUGUUCCCGUCCUCCAUUCAACCCCAGAUUUGGUCCCGAUGGAGGUCAGCGAUUUCCCCGUCCGCCUGGUCAGCCAAGGUUUCAGCGACCUUGAGAAGUGACACCUCAAUACAUCCCAUAACAUUUUACUUGUAGAAUAUUCAUCCAAAUGUUUUACAGUGCAGUCAUUUUAAUGUCGUGAAAACACCAAGGAAAUGAAUCGUACUGCUGCCAGACAUUUUGCAUAUGUACAAAUUCAUUGUUCCAUGUUCAGAUGAAGCUUUUUGUGAUUGACUUGUUUUUAAGUUGCCUAAUUCAUGAGGAUGUACAAAAACAUAUUUUAUCUAUAGGAGCUGAUAUCUGAAGUUAUUUUUUUUCAUAGCUUUAUAUGAAAUCUUCAUAAAACCAUUGAAAGCAUAAACAACAUGAACUGUUAAUUAAUGUUGCUUUUUAAAUAUUUGUUGAAUCGGUUUUUGGUAGAAUCAGUAUCACUGUUGUUUUAAUAGGACUGAUAAAUCUUCCUAUAGGGAUUUGCCAGCGAAAACGUAAAAAUGUGAAAAUGUAAAGGUUUGAAUUAUUCGUGAAGGGAGAUAACUGAGGAAGUAUUCAGGAGGGCUAUUCCCUUUCAAGAUGCUGAAAACACUUGCAGCAGUUUCAUUAAAAUAGAGUCCAAGGGACUGGUGAUAUGUUAUUUGGAAGUAGUGGUGACUGUAUCAUAUUUUGCUGACAUUCCCUUCUAAAUGGUGGGGUAGCCGUAUUGUCGUGUCACGCUGAAGACCCAGGAUCGAUUCCCCACAUGAUUACAAUGUGUGAAGCCCAUUUCUGGUGUCCCCUGCCGUAAUAUUGCUGGAAUAAUGCUAAAAUAUUGUGAGAUGGAACAUUUGUUCAUGCCGUCUCCCGACCGCCAUCCUGCUCCCAAUACAUGUACCAGGUAACAUUUUUUAUAUAGUUUCAUAUUAUUUCCACAUAAUAAAUACUAGUCCCAUGUCAUUAUUUUAUGCUUGAAAAUAUUUUGCUCUCCCAAAUCCCCUCCUUUUUCUGUAAUGUUUGUCUGGAUCCCCCUCACUAAUCUCACUGCCCCCACCAUCCCUAUAAUAAAUGACCAGUCCCUAAGUGAACUGUAGUGACGUUACAAGUACUGACAACUGGUAAGGUAACAAAGGAACACUCGUCUGUUCUCCAGGGUGUGGAUCUUCGGCUAUGUCCGCUCCACACUGUGUGUUGUUCUACAUGUUUCUUCAAAUGAAGAAUCCUAAUAUAAUCCUAAUAAUUCAACCUGUGGUUUUAAUGAUAAGUAUUUCAUAAACAGUAUUAGUAAGGAAGGAGGCUUACUUGCUCAAUUUGCUGCUUGCUAGAUGAUCCAGAGAUUCUUGGGGAUGACAUGGAAAUCGGUUUCCUUUAUGUUCUGUAUAGUGGCCAGUGUGAUUAUUUGGGGGGGCCAGAAAGGACAUGCUGUCAUCCAGGAAUGUGUUCAGAACCAAGGAUUUCGUUUGGCCAGAUAAUAAUAAUAUAUUGGAUUUCACUAAAAUCUCAACAGAUCAAACCAAAUUGCCUCAGUAUGAGUGAUUUUGACAUUUUCCGCAAAAUAAUCUGCAGCCACAGGUUGCUAUAUGUCUGUAUUUAUCCAUAUGAUGCCCGGUUGAGAGUACAUAGAUAUUUCAAGGUUUAAGAGUGAGUUUACAUUUAUUGUACUCCUUUGUCUGUCUUCUUUCAGAAUGAUAGAUGGUUGAAUUUGAGCUGAAAAAUGUUUAAAGUUAACAGUUACAAGAAGUUUGAAACAGACCUCAUGUAAAAAUGUUUGACAGAACAUUGCCCUGCAUGUUUGUAUAUUUUGCAAAGGGAUUGAAUAUGACAAUAUUUAUCAGUUGAAGGAUUGCGUUGGGUGCUAAGUAACUAAAGGCAGUAUGCACUAGUCCAUAAGGUUAGGUUAGUUCAUCUGUUGUUAUCUGUACACCUUCACUUUACAUCUUAGUCAGAAUUCUGUUUGAACAAUAAAUACAUAUUGCAUAGUAUGUUUUAAUGUGAAUGCAUGUAUGAUUCCAGAUGUGAGAUGAAAGUUACGAUGACCCAAACAAGUAUGAACAGUACUAACAAACUAAUAGAAAACAUUGAUUUAUCAUUAGAUGUCAUCCCAGUUAUCUUCCCUUUGAGAAACAAACAAUCAUACCUCAUUUAUUUUUUUAUUUAUUCCUUUUGGUUCAUUUUUUUGGAGUAAAUGAGGAAUAAAAUUACCAGUUUGAAAACAAAAUGGAUGAUUAUCUAAUGAUUGAUUUGUGCCACCUUUAAAAAGAAUUGUAAAUAUUCUCAAGAUUAUUUUCUUCUGAUGUAGUCACCUCAGAGAUAAUAUUUUCUGAAUGAAGUGUGUAGAAUGCUUCUCUAUGACUCAACAUGUGUGUAGGACCAUUAUGUAUCUGAAGGGAGACAACUACAUGCAGCAUGUCCCUUGCACACUUUCUUGGGAUGAAGACAAGAUGCACAACAUGAGACAUCCACGCCAGGUAGUAGCGUACAUCAUCAAAAGUGUAUGGGAGACACAAGUGCAAACACAACAUGGGACACAAAGUUGUAAUCUAUUUUCUCAAUAGCUUUGAGACAUCCAACACUCUGCAAACACAUCUUUUGACUUGCAUGAUUGAAGAAAUCAUGAAAAGUCCCAUUACAAUGACAUGACAUGUAUUGUGCCAUAUGUAUUGAUUGAAAUUCUGGAGUACUUAACACUGAUCAAUAAGCCUGGAGAGAAGGGUGGGGAGAGGACAUGGUGUUGAAUGACAUAGCUUUCCUUACAGGAAGUAGAUUGAUAUCUAUGUAUUAAAAUUCUCACUGAAAAGAAGACAUCAAUAAGUAGUUUUUACUGACAAAUUACACUGUUCAAAAGAAGUUAAGGAACCUUGAUUUCUUUCAUAUUACACUAGUAAGUCUUUCAUGCCAUGACCGACCAGCUGUAAAACAUUAAAGAAAGAAUCAAGUGUUCUUUAACUUUAAUAGUAUAUACAGCAUGCCUGAUUGUACAAAUAAACAUGAUGAUGUGAACUUGACGAAUCUCUGAACAUGGCAUUCACUAUGCAUAAGUACUUUUUCAGCAACAUGCUCCUUAUUGUUCUGUUACUAACCAUGCAAUGGUAGUGUGAGCUGACUUAGGCCAAUGUUGAGAACCAAAGAAUGUACACGUUGCACUGUCUCAUCACUUGGCCACAUUGUACAGAGAGGUACCAGUCAUGUGUUGCUUGUUCAUACAGUUUUGCACAGGAGAUGAAAAUAAUUUUGGAUCUUGAUGUAAUAAACCAUGUAAAGUGA